AUGACAGGAAAGGCUGGAGAAGCAGCCAAUAUUUUCCAGAAUAUGCUGUCCAAGGGGCUGCUUCCAGACACUGAUAUUUAUAAUAUGCUGUUUCAACGAUUUUGCCAAGCCAAAAACUUUAAGAAAGCUAGGGAGUUACUUGGUGUUCUCAUAAGAAUAGGUGCAAGCCUCUCAAUCUCAAGUUAUCGCAGUCAUGUGCGCUUGAUGUGUUUGGAGGGUAAAUUGGAUUUUGCAUUGAGCCUGAAGGAGCUAAUGGUGCAAGAAAGCAAGUCUGAUAGCCUCGUCAUAUACAACAUUCUGGUUUUCUAUCUUCUCUCUGCUGGGCAAACUAUGGUUGUGAACAAGGUUUUGAAUGAAUUACAGGAGAAGGGGUUGCUAUUCAAUGAAGUUACUUAUAAUUUUCUUGUAUAUGGGUUUUGUAAGUGCAAAGAUAUCUCUACUUGUAUGCACUAUCUGUCUACAAUGAUUUCAAAGGAGCUUCGGCCAUGCUACCGCAGCUUAAUUACAGUAAUAACCUACCUGUGUGAUAUUGGAGAAGUUGGUAAAAUAUUGGAAUUGAGUCGAGAAAUUGAAUUGAGAGGGUGGGUUCUUGGCUCAAUUGCUCAAAAUGCAGUUAUUGAUGGCCAUCUUUUCCAAGAUAAGGUUCAAGCAGCAGAACAUUUUCUGGACCGAAUGGGAGAUAAAGGUCUAAUUCCUCGAAGUAUCAAUUAUGAUAAUUUAAUUAAGCGGUUUUGUUGCUUUGGAAGACUGAACAAGGCCAUUGACCUUAUAAACGUAAUGUUGAAGAAAGGAAAUAUCCCUAAUUCUACUGGUUAUGAUUCUGUUAUCCAUG